AUGACGCGGCUGCAUCAAUGUCGCAGUUCAUCUAGCAAACUCUUGAGAAACAGCAAAAGGACAUCCAAAAGCAGGAUAUAUCCUCGAAGACUUACACGGAGCACGGGAAGAAGCCAAAGCGUGACCUCGGCUUUGACGGAGUCGCGUCUCGGAAUCGGGUCCCGGAAAGAGGGCCGGUUGGCCCUAAGCCUGUUUUGCACUCUAUCGUGCUCGCAGUGCUGCGUGUGGAACACUUGGGGCCCGAUAGCGGGUUUUGCUUUGCGGGCUUUCCCGACCUGGAACGAGUCUCUGGUGGCCCUGCUGUCCAAUUGGGGAUGUAUCAGUUACCUUACCUGCUGCAUACCCUGCUGCCUGGCACUGUCCCUGCAAAUGGCGGCGAUUCUUUCAACUCUGGCGACCUUCAUUCGUUGCAUAUCCUGUAGGGAGAACGUCUUCACGAUAAUGGUGCACACCGCGGCCAUCCUGAAUGGAUUAUCGGGAGUAAUCCUUGGUCCUGCCACGGCAUUGGUCUCCGCGGUUUGGUUCCCUCCUGGGAAACGCACCACCGCUACUGGCAUAUCUUCUGCCUGCAAUCAAUUGGGAAUAGCCAUUUCUUAUUUAAUCGGACCGGUUGUGAUAGAGAACACAAUCGCAUACAAUGCAACUUUCUUGAUAAAUGAUACAAAUUCCAAUGGAAGUGUCGUUUUUGAUAAAAUGUACACCAUGGCACUGCGAGCGCAAAUUUUGUCUCUCAUGAAGAUAGGUAAAUAA